AUGGAAAAGAACUACCAACUAUAUAAUUAUAUUAGUAUAAAAAGUGCAUUUUUCUCUGAAGUUGGCCUUGGGAUCUCAGGCAACACCAUUCUUCUUCUCUUCCACAUCUUCACAUUUCUUCUCCAGCACAGGCUUAAGCCUAUCGACCUGAUCAUUGGUCUCUUAGCCCUAAUCCACCUGGGGAUGAUGAUAAUUGUGGUGUACACAGCUACAAAUAUUUUUGUGUCUCAGGACUUUUGGGAUGACAUCAAAUGUAAAUCCAUAAUCUACUGGCACAGGUUUUUCAGGGGCUUCUCUAUUUGUGCCACCUGCCUGCUGAGUGUCCUCCAGGCCAUCACCCUCAGCCCCAGAAGCUCCUGCUUGGCAAAGUUUAAACAUAAAUCCCCACAGCAGACCCUUUGUUUUCUUUUUUUCUUGUGGGCCUUCUACAUGUCCUUGAAUACUCACUUCUCAUUGUCUUCUACUGCCAUUCCAAAUGUGACCUCAAAUGUCAUUGUGUUUAUUACUGAACCCUGCAAAAUUGUACAAAUGAGUUAUUUCCCCAGGCAUUUAUUUUCUGUAUUUGGUAUAUUCCGGGAUGUCUUUCUUAUAGGACUUAUGGCGCUCUCAAGUGGCUACAUGGUGGUUCUCUUGUGCAGGCAUAAGAGGCACUUUCAGCACCUUCAUAACACCAGCCUUUCUCUAAAAGCAUCCCCUGUACAGAGGGCCACCUGGACCAUCCUAUUGCUUAUGAGCUUCUUUGGGCUCAUGUACUGUUUGGACAGCAUCUUCUCCUCUUCAAGAACUAUGUGGAGCAAUGAUCCUGUCUGUUAUUAUAUCCAUUUGAUGGUGUCCAAUGGCUAUGCCACAACAUGCCCUUGGCUGCUAAUCUGUACUGAAAAACGAAUUAUUAACUUCUGGAAAUCUUUCUUGGUGAAGAUAGAACAUAUUUAA